GUUAUAUUUUCACAAAGUGUCUAAGGGUCCUUCUUUCUCCUUUCACGCAUAGAGUUUAAUCCUUUUUUUACCUGCUCUUUGAAAUCUACAAAAGCCACUGAGACUAGUCUUGAGUCGAUGUCCCAGAGCUCAUACAAGGCACAGUUUGAGUAUUCACUUUCUUAUGAUGAGAUUGAUGCAAUUGUUAGGGCAAAAAAAAACGGAAAUGCCGCGGAGGUAAUGAUUUUAGAUGUGAGGGAUGCUUACGAACGCAAGGCCAAUGGUUACAUUCCUUACUCCAUAAACAUACCUAUACCAGAGAUCAGAGAUUUACAAAAAAUGAGUAACACCGCCUUUCAAAAGCGAUACGGUGUAAAUAAACCCCAAAAAACUGACCCGAUCGUACUUUAUUGUAGCAAAAGUCAACGUUCUGCUUUUGUGAAUGAACUUUUGAGAAACGACGGAUAUAAAGUUGUUACAUAUAUUAGGGAGGGCUUCGAAGGGUGGCAUAAACGCCAAAAUGCGCAAUUGGACGAUGACCUCUAGCUGUUUGAAAAGGUAUUCCCUCAUAGUUAUAUUUUAUCGUUAUUACUAUUUGUUUUGAAGUUAUUUGUCUGGAUUUUUUUUCUUCAUUCUUGAUGUAAUCUACACGUUACGCAUAACGAGCGUUUUCCUUGGUUUCCAUUUCUUGUGUUAAAUAUUUUUCCUAAUAAUACCAAAAUACUCGAGGAAAUAAGUUGCGAAGAAUAACUUUCAAUUA